AUGGAUGAACUAGUGGAUAAACUUGAGUUUGAGCGUGUUGAUAUUACGGACCCUAAACAUGUUUUAGGACCGUCGUAUUCGCGCAGAAGAAGCCUUAUAAUGGCAACAUUUGCUGAUCCAGAAAUGCAAAUGGUUGAUAUUGAAAAAGUAAUUGAGAUGGGAACGAACGUAGCUCGAUUGAAAACAUCCCACUUUACUAAACUUGAUAAAGCUAAAAUGCUUGACAAUAUUGAAAGAGCUUCAUCAUUUUUAGCAAAUAAACAUGGACUAUUAGAAUUUCCUUGUGCCACAUGCAUUGAAUUGAAGACAUGCGUGGUACAAACUGGACUCCUAGAAGAGGAGUUAGCUGAAUUAUGGAUUAAAGAAAACUCAGAAAUUAUUUUAACUAAUAAAAUUUCACAUUAUGACAAAUGUAAUGAAUCAGUAAUAUUUGUCGAUAAUCCGGCUUUAACGACCGAUGCUAAAGUAGGAAUGGAAAUAAAUAUUUCUCAAGAAGAAAUAAUCAUGGUAUGCACAGCUAAGAGCAGCGAGCAUUCAAUAAAAUGUACUGUCACUAAAGGUGGAUAUCUUCGAAACAUGGCGUAUGUAUGCAUGAGGGGCGCUGUACGAACACGACCAUAUCUGUCGAAAAAAGAUGUACAUCUAAUUAGGUUUGCUGUAGAAUAUGAAACGGAUAUGAUUAUUAUAAAUUAUCCAAGGAACGUUGCUACAAUCAAUAAAAUAAAAAAAUAUCUUGGAACGAAAAUUAGGAGACCUAUCAUUAUUGCUGGAAUUUCCACUCAGGAAGGAUUAAUGAACGUAGACGACUUUGUUAGAGACGCCGAUGGAAUUUUACUUUCAAGAGAGUUUUUGGCUUAUGAAGUGGAACAAGAAUUGUACAAACGUAUGAGUUCUAUACAACGACUUAUCGCUGGAAAAUGCCGCCAAGCUGGUAAACCUUUUUACAUUUCUGGUGGAAUAUUUGAAGAAGCGCUCAAUUCUGGAACUAUGACCACCCGAGAUAUAUCUGAUGUGACCAAUGCCAUUUUGGAAGGAGCUUGUGGCUUCUGUCUAAGUGAAACACCAAAUACAUAUUAUUUGUGUGAAACAAUAAAUAUGUUGAACGAACUAUGUGCCAGUGUGGAACCUCUUUGUAUGGACAAAACACAGUUUUGUGAACUUGUGUCUCAGAUCAAAAUGCCUGUAAACGCUGCUGAAGCUUGUGCUAUAUCUUGCGCCACAGUCGCAAAUCAGACGAAUGCUCGUCUUAUAAUAGUACCCACUGUUAGUGGACGCACUGCCUACGUCUUGAACUGGCUGAGACCGAACAGCACUAUAAUUGCAGUUAGCACUAAAACCUCGACUAUAAAGCUACUUAAAACCUUCCGAAGUGUUGUACCUCUUUAUUAUAAAGGUGGAUCCAAAAAAACAUGGUUUGAAACUGUACAAGCUCGGAUCGGGUUUGCACUUGAGUACGCUGUUGAACAACACUGGAUUUUGUAUGGUGACCACUACAUCACCCUGGAAAAAAUGACUGAAGGAAGCUCGUUUUGUGAUACCGUUAGAGUUUGGAAUGUCACACUUUGCAAGAAAAACUCUAUCGUGUGCCCCGAAUCUUAUCAUGAUUUCGACAUAAAUACAUACAAGAAAAAGAAAACCAGGGAUCGCAGUGAACGUAAAAAAAAUAAAGUACGUUUAUCAGUGAUUAAGAAAAAUGAAGAAGAUGGUGAUGUGAAUAGUGAACAGAUAAAAAAAACUGACGAUGAAGAGAAAGAAGAAUCUGAAGACAUUAAUAAAACAGAAGCAAAAGAUGAAGAAAACGAAGAUGAAAUCAAAAAUGAAGAUGAAAAUGAAGAACUACGAGGCGGUGAUAAAAGUGAAAUUAAUAAAAGUGAAGGUGAUUAG